AUGUUGAAAGAGCUUGUUCAACUGGGCCUGGCGGGCGGAGGUGCCGAUCGGCUGCAGCUCCUCCCUCAGGUCGACGGUCAGCGCUGUAGGUUUGUGGUUCUGCCGGCGGGAACUGUCCGCGACUCCUGCGGUGCCGGUUUCUGGAAGGGCUUCUCUGCUUUGUCUUCUGAUCCACUCUCGGACUUUUCGAUGGAAUGA